UUGAGUUCGGUGGUGAAGAAGAGACACAGAUGGAAGAUUUGAAGAAGAGGAAGCUCGAGGAGGCUACCAAUGGCGGUUUCACUUCCGUGGAAGACCUUCGCCUCCUCAUCGAACCUCUCGCCAAACCUCAGCUCGUCGAUCUUCUCGCUAAACUAGGGUCCCAAUAUCCUUCCAUUGCAGAAGAAAUAAAAAGUAUUGCAAGUGCAGAUCCUGUCCAUCGAAAGCUUUUUGUUCGUGGCCUGGCCUGGAAUACCUCAUCAGAAACUUUGUGUGCUGCAUUUCAAGAGCAUGGAGAAAUUGAGGAAGGGGCUGUGAUCUAUGAUAAAGCGACUGGAAAAUCCCGUGGCUAUGGAUUUAUCACUUAUAAAAAUAUGGAAUCAACUCAGGCUGCAUUGAGAGCACCCAGCAAGUUAAUUGAUGGAAGAUUGGCUGCCUGUAAUCUAGCUUGUGAGGGCCUAAGCGGACCAAGCAGUGCUCUUGAUGUUUCCCAGAGGAAGCUUUACAUUGGAAGCUUAUCACCAGAAGUCACUAGUGAAGUGCUGCUUAGCUUUUUUGGGAGGCAUGGUGAAAUAGAGGAAGGUUCAGUUGCAUAUGACAAGGAUACAAAUGUAUCACGUGGUUUUGGCUUUGUUACGUACAAGACAACGGAGGCUGCAAAGAAGGCCAUAGAUGACCCAGAAAAGACUCUUGGGGGGAGGACUAUAAUUGUAAAAUUUGCUGGUGCCCACAAGGGUAAAACUGGCCAGCCGCCAUUUCCUGCAGGAGUUCCAAUGGCAGCCUUACCUAUGACCCCAGGAUAUGUGCAGUCUGGAAAACCUCAUAUCAGUUCUGCCCCCUCUGUCGGUUACACAUACCCCCAACCUGUAGCACCAUAUCCUCUUGCUUCUUAUCCAAUACCUCCCCUUACUGCACCACCCUCUGCUUACCCAGCACAAGGGCAGGUUCCUUAUGCUCCAGUUUCUGCCAAGAAAGACCAACUCGGGGUCCCUCCAACUCAACCUGUGGGAAUGAACAAGUACCCUUAUUACUAUCCCAAGCAAUAAAUGUUUUUACUAGUGAUAUUGGUACUUCUUCAUUCUUUGCUUUCCUGUUCAAUUAUUAUUAGCCCCCUAGUAUCCGUCAUACCAUUUAUUUUGCAGCUUUUGCAAUCUCUUUUGUAGUAUUUUGACGUUCUUAGUACUUUUAAUACUAGGUCAGAAACUCCUGUGACUAGGAAAUUUCAUAUAUUCUUUGGCUGAAUGUUAGAUGGGGGGAAUUUUUCAAAUGUUAUAUGCCAACUGGUGAAUGCAUUUUAAGCAA